CUGCCACGAUCGACGAUGUUCCUUUCAAUGAAGCUGCACAUCAUAAAGAUGGAUUCCAUACACCCAAAAAAAUCCAUUUUUUUGUACAUCAGUGAGUAAUUUGUAUAUGAUUGUGAGAACAUAUUAAAGUCAUAGCAGUGCACUCAUUGAUUUUCUUAUUGCAGCUGUCGUCGUUUGUACCGAAUUGUGAGGACAAAUUAAAGCCAGCUGUUGGAAUGACAUUCGGUACUCUUGAUGAAGUGGAAGAAUUUUACAAGACAUAUGCACAUAAAUGUGGGUUUUCAGUUCGUAUAGGUGGUCAAGGCAAGAGAAAUGACAUGGUCGAUCAUAAGAGGUUUCUGUGUUCGAGAGAAGGCUUCACAAGGAGACGCGCUGAAUCAAACAAUCAAAAGAAGCACUUUGAAACAAGAUGUGGAUGCAAUGCACGUAUAUAUGUGAAGUUAAGUCAGGACAACAAGUACUAUAUUGCUUCAUUUGUUGAGGAGCAUAACCAUAGUCUAGUCUCACCGGACAAAAUUCCUUUUCUCCGAUCGAACCAGUCAGUAAGUGAAAGAGGCAAGACUACCUUGUUCACGUGCCACAAAGCAAGUAUUGGUACCUUACAAGCAUAUAGACUUUUACAAGUAAGUGAUGGCUUUGAUAAUAUUGGAUGCAUGAAGCGAGAUCUUCAGAACUACUAUCGAGGACUUAGGGAGAAAAUAAAGAAUGCGGAUGCUCAGUUAUUUGUGGCACAGAUGGAGAGGAAGAAAGAGGCAAAUUCUGCCUUCUUCUAUGAUUUAGUUGUUGAUGAGCAUGGAAAAUUAGUCUCCAUGUUCUGGGCUGAUGCUACAAGUAGAAAGAAUUAUAGCCAUUUUGGUGAUUUGGUAUCGUUUGAUGCAACAUAUAGUACAAAUCAGUACAAUAUGAUAUUUGCACCUUUUACUGGUGUUAACCAUCAUAUGAAAAGUGUUUUCUUCGGAGCUGCAUUCAUAGCAAAUGAGAAGAUCGAGUCAUAUGAGUGGUUGUUUCGGACUUCCUUGAGUGCAAUGGGAGGAAAAGCCCCAAGAUCAAUUAUAACAUAUGAAGAUGCUAGUAUGAAAUCAGCAAUUAGAACUAUUCUUCCACAUACAAUUCAUAGAUUAUGCAUGUGGCACAUCAUGGAGAAGGUACCUGAAAAGGUUGGUCCUCCACUUAAUCAUGAAAAGGAUUUUUGGGCUGCCUUGAAUAAUUGUGUAUGGGGUUCAGAAACUAGAGAAGAAUUUGAAAUGCGGUGGAAUGAAAUUAUAGUUGCUUAUGGUCUUCAGAGCAAUGAUUGGUUGGCUAAUAAAUAUCAAAUUCGUGAGUCAUGGAUUCCAGCUUUUUUAUGGAUAUACCUCUUGCAGGGGUCCUGAGAACUACAUCGAGAUCUGAAAGUUCAAAUUCGUUCUUUAAUUGCUUUAUUCACCGUAAAUUAUGUUUUGUUGAGUUCUGGCUUAGAUUUGAUACUGCAUUAGAAUGCCAACGACAUGAGGAGCUAAAGGCUGAUAAUAUUAGUUUACAUGGCACACCUGUUUUACAUACCCCAUGGGUUGUGGAAAAACAAGCAAGCAUAUUGUACACACACAAGGUGUUUAUAAUUUUCAGGAAGAAGUGGUAGCUGCAAGAGACCAUUGCUCUAUUCUUGGAACAACACAACAAGAGGCUAUCAAGUAUGUUAUAGUCAGUGAUGGUUCAUUGAAGGAUAGAGUGGUGCAGUGGUGCAUAGAAACUAGUUUUGGAUGUUGCUCAUGCAAACUAUUCGAAAAGAUGGGAAUUCCAUGUCGCCAUAUAAUUAUGGCAUUGCGUGCUGAAAAGAUAUAUGAACUACCUUCAUCUUAUAUUUUGAAGAGAUGGGAAUCACGAUGCAAGAGAGAGCUGGUGUAUGAUGAUGAAGGAAAUCUAUUGGAAGAGAAGCCCGAAGAUGUUAAUGAAGUGGAAAAAGGAAGAAAAUAGCGGUUAUCCGAAACAAGGUAGAAGAUUCCAUUCAAAGAGCAAAGAGUUCGAGUGAAGCUAUGGAUUUCUUAGUUUCAAGUGUCCUCAAAAUAGAUGAGUCUUUGAGAUAUAUUGUACCUAGCACGAUGCAAGUUUCGCAACAAGAACAUGAGAAUUUUAUUGGAUGCCAAAUUCCAGAACAAAUACAAAUACAUCCUCCAAAUGAUGUUCGGUCAAAGGGAAGAAGUAAAAGAAUUAAGAGGGCAAAAGAACUACCAAAGUCUCGCAAAGGAAAGAAUGUGAAGAAAGACAUGAAGGAUGCAUCUAUAUAGAUUAAUUUGUUGUCAGUUCAAUGUUAUCCAAAUGUUGUUUAUGUAUUUUGUCUCUGUAACUGGAACAAGCUCGGUCCUGCUUGAAAAAACAUUUCCAGAAAGUAGAA